GAGAAACGAAACUGAAACUUUGCAGCCCCGUCUCUGGGACAGGACGCGCCUUUGCUCUGUCCUGGCUGCACACAGUCCCUGAUUCCCCCACUCGAUCCAGACGAGGACUGCCAUGGCUUCCAGUAACUGCCCGUCGUCCCCGCUACUGGUGCGGCUGCCGAAGUCCAUCCCCUGGGCGCACAGGAAGCUAGAGAAAUACUUCCAGAGCCGGGCCUCGGGUGGCGGGGAGUGCACUGUCCAGCCCGUGGGCCCCAACGCCCCCGACACCUUCGAGGUGAAGUUCCUAGAAAGGGCAGCUAAGGAGGGAGUACUGAAAAAGAGAGAGCACAAGAUGUUGAUUGAUGACAAACCUGUGACCAUUUUCCUGGAAACCAUUAAAAAGCCAGUGGAGGACCUGAGACCCAGAUCUCCAUCUUUGACACAGUCACCAGAUGAGACUCCAAGCUCUAGACCUCUAUCUUUGACACAGUCAACAUCUGAGACACCAAGCUCCAGACCUCCAUCUUUGACACAGUCUCUGGAUGAACCACUGUCUGAUGAAGAGUCUGCUUCUAACUCUGUUGACUCUGUUGUCCAAAAGGUCUUUCUUGCUGUGACCGCUGAGCUGAACUGUGAACUGCUUUCUAAAGAGCAGAGGGCACGCAUAGCCACUGUCUACCCUGGUGUCAGAAGUGUGGAGGGUAAAGACGGAAUUGCGAAGGUGUGUGGCAACUUCAAAGAUAUUGAGAAGAUUCAUCAUUUCUUGAGUGGGCAGCUUUUGGAAAGUGAGCAGAAACAGAAGUACCCUCCACAAAACUACCCCACUUCUGAUGUGGAGAGAGAGCCUCCCAAAGACUCAGGCAGGGGCUUUUCCUCCUCAGAACCAAAAGCCAGAUUACAAGAUGCUUUUGAAGUUCCCGUGCUUUUCCUUGAAUAUUUCAGACAUGCUUGUCCUGGUAGAAUAGAGUCCAUAGAGAAAAAAUUUGGUGUAAACAUUCAAGUCGGAGAUAGUACUCCCAAUAUGGUCUCUGUAGUCUUCACCACUAGCCAAUCGGGCAACAUAGAAGCAGCCCGUGAGUCUUUUGUCAGAGACUUUCAGGAAUGUACCCAAUCUCUGAAGCAAGAUUGUGUCUCUAUAGAGGACCCUCAGAUAGCAAAGGAACUCAGACGAGAGUUGAAUCGCUGCUUCCCAAAGCUCCUGAUAAAAGGACAAGAAAGAACGCUAACUCUCCUAGGCUCUCAAGCUGACAUUUCAGCCGCCACAGAAAAAGUCUCCCAAACUUCCAUCAAGACGCCUGUGAAAAUAAUGGCGUCUGGUUACAAGGCAGGGAUUGACGUUGACUCCACACACUUCAACCUUCUAAAACCUGAAUUGCUCCAGGAAAUCUCGGAGAUAGAGAGCAAGUACAACACUUCCGGGAAAGUCCAGGAGAAAAGCCAGAAAACCUGCAUUCAGUUUGACCCCAAGGAUAAGGAGAUCGACCUGUCCGUGCACUCUUAUGCAAGCUUCACUGAUGCCUUCCAACAUGCCACGUGCCAGCUAAGGACAGAAGUCCUGUCACUGAAACAUUUGGGCAAGGGGAAAGCUCACUUACACAAGACCAAGUUUGUCGAUGACUUAAAAAAAAAGCACCCAAAUGUACACUUUGUGAUAUCUCGAGAGUCGAUGACUUUGAUUGGUUUGCCGAACCAGCUUGCACAGGCAAAGCACUAUGUCUUCAAAAGAAUGGGACUGUCCCCAUCGUCUGGAGAGAAAUUAAAUGUGGAUGAUGAGACACCCAUGGAUAUUGAUGAAAAUGAUUCAAAUGCGGCUGUACCUACUCUCAGAGGCUCUGCUGAUAGCUCUGGGGCCUUGAAGGCAAAUGAGACUGAAGACUACUGUGUCAUCUGCAUGGAUACCAUUAGAAACAAGCGUGUGCUGUCUAAGUGCAAGCAUGAAUUCUGUACUUCUUGUAUCACCAAAGCCAUGUCAUUGAAACCUGUCUGUCCUGUGUGUCAGACUUCCUAUGGUAUCCAGAGAGGGAACCAGCCAGAUGGAGGAACCAUGACUUCUGACACUUUAAGACAGUCACUUCCUGGUUAUGAAGACUGUGGCACAAUUGUGAUUCGCUAUGAUAUAAAAAGUGGCAUCCAAACAAAUGAGCACCCAAACCCAGGAAAGCCCUAUCCUGGAACACAUAGAUCUGCAUACUUGCCUGAUAAUAAGGAGGGAAGAGAAGUCUUGGAUCUGCUCCGAGAAGCCUUUCGAAAGAAGCUGAUUUUCACAAUAGGAAAUUCUCGAGUAACAGGAGCCUCAGACGUCAUUACAUGGAAUGAUAUCCAUCACAAAACAUCCACGUUUGGAGGACCAGAAAAUUUUGGCUACCCUGAUCCUGAUUACCUGAAACGUGUCAAGGAAGAGCUGAAAGCAAAAGGAAUUGAGUAGUAAAAGUGCUGUGAAGACGCAUAUUCACUUUCAAAAGAAGUGUGUGUAUUAGUACCGGCCUAAAUCUUUUUGUAGAAAAACUGUAGCAUUUUUCGAUGCUAAGUAGAUGUAGUUUCUAUAAAAGCAGAAGUCUGCUUGCCAGUCAUUUCUAGAGUGUUACUUUUUAAUGGAAGACAAAAUAUAAAGGGCAUGCAUGGGCUAGGGAGACUGUAAAGUGUGAAGACCUGCAGCAGCCAUGUAAAAGUUGGUGUGAUGGUAUAUGUUUAUAAUCUUAGUACUGGUGAGUGGAGACAGGAUUCCUGGAGCCUACUGGCUAGUUAGUCUAGCCAAAACCAAACACAUGAGCUCCAGGUUCACUGAGAGACCUUGUCCCAAGAAAUCAGGUGGCACAUGCCUUUAAUGCCAGUACUUGGGAGGCAGAGACAGGCAAUCUCUGGGAGUUCUAGGCCAGCCUGGUCUACAUAGCCCAAGUUCCAGGACAUCCAGGGCUACAUAGUGAGACUCUAUCUCAAAGCAAAUGAAACAAAUAUUAGGUGGACAGAAAUAAAGACAUCUAACAUCACCCUCUGAUCUCCAUAUGCACCUAUACACAUGUGUACACACAGAGAGAGAGACACAAAGAGAAAUUUUAGAAAAGAAAAAGAUAAAGGAUUUCAAAUUUUCUUGAGGAAAUCUGAUGGCGUGCUGACUGGCAUGAAAUCAUCUUCCGUAUCUUUCACUUGAACCACUGGCAACUAACUGAACCUCUCUUGCUUGAGACAGGAUCUCUCUGUGUAGCUCUUGAAUUUGCUUUGUGGACUGUAUUGAUCUUGAAUUUAGAUCUGCCUGCAUCAGCCUCCUGAGUUCUGGGGUUAAAGAUAUGUGCUGCAUGCCUGGUUUUAUUUGUUUGUUUGGGGUUUUUUGUUGUUGCUUUUUGUUUUUGGUUGGUUUAAUUUUGGUGUUGGGACUUAAACCGAAGGCUACUAAGUUCCAUCCCAAGACCUGUGAUCCUGUUCCAUGGCCAUCUCUCUAGUAGUACAUUAGUUGUUUGGUUUUUAAUCUCUGUCUGGACAAGUAAAGCCUUUGUGUAAAUGGGAAAGUGAAACCCUUGUGUAAACUGGAAGUUUAAAAACAGAAUUGAAUGGAAAAAAAAACACACUUCCCUUCCUACCCACAGAAACAUGUCCAGGAGGUCAGGCAACUUUUGAUAAUAAGUAGAACAAGAAGAGUCUUAUUGUUCAGGACACAGAGCCUAGUAGACAGUGAUGCUUAAUGUGUGUUUGUUGUCUGAUUCAGGUUGCUAGUAUCUCAACAGAGGGAUGAGCAUAUGAAGAAAAUAUGCUCCUCAAAUCUUUGGCCAAAGGGGAACUGGAGACUUUGGCAUUCUUUAGAAAAUAGUUUCUUACCCCAACACGUAUUGGUUGGACUCUGACCAGGUCAUUCUUGUGUGCUCUGAUCUUCGCUGGUCCUUGGAACCUGCCCUAAAGGGUGCACUUGCCCUGCCACAGACCUGCAACAUGUUUUCAUAUUUUACCCCCACAUGUUAUGUCAUGCUUUUUUAAUAUGUCUGUUUCAAAUAUUAACAGAUAAAUAACCUGGCCUUAGUUUAA